GGGGGGUCGUGACAGCUGAAAGCCUGAGCUGCCGCGCCAUCGGACCCCGCGGCCUCAGUUGCUUGCUGCGCGCGCGCGUUCCGCCGCACCUCGCGUUUCCAAACGACGCGACGUGUGAGCGCGGAGUAGCAUUUUGCGCGCAGGAUCUCCGUGUGUUCACACCAAGUAGUACCACGAACGACAUGACACGCCGGUGAAGGUUAAAGAUGUGGCGCUUGAGAGAGCCGCAAUUCGCAGCCAAAAUUAACCGUGAAGAGCACACGUGUGGAGCGGAAUGUGCGCGCGUCCACAGAACGCGGAGUAACUGCGGCGAAAUUCUUCCCAGGAGGAAACAUGAUGAUGGAAAGGGUUGCCUGCAGCACAGGAUGGCCCUCACACACUCAGCCAAGCACCACAGGAGAGUCAUAUUCCAAAAGAAGGGAAGGAAUGUGACUUUUGCACCGGAGAUCCAGAAGAGUGUACCUGUUGCCACUGCCUCCACCAUCUACAGAGUGAUCGCACACACAUACACACCUGCUGCACUGGAGAAUACCAAAGUUGAUGUGGAUGACUGUCAGCAGGAGACUGUUCAGUUGAAAUGGUCUUCAGGCAACACACUAAGGAUGGAGACAAGUGAUUCCAAGCGGAAAGUUGAGUUGGAGGCAAAGAUACAGUAUUUAAAUCAAACCCUACAUGAGAAGUGGGAGGAGUACCAGGCUCUUGUGAUGAAGGAGCAGAAACUAGUUCUUGGAAAAUUGAGCAGUGAGGAGACAUACAAAACACUGGAGUCUGCUAAGAUGUUCCCACUCGACAGUCUGACCCAUCCCACUGGAGGCACUGUAAUGCCUCACUGUACUACUUUUGCUGCCAGUGCCAUUACAAGUAACUCAGUCAGCUGUGCACACAGCACCAACACUGGGAGUGGUGACAGGCAGAAGGAUGUCAGAGAAAAUAUGUCCCACAUGGAUGUCACCCAAUGUGAUAACUGGAUCAGCCAGACCUCCGCAAAGCCAACGUCAGCCCUAAAGCUGCAGAUGUCCCACCAUACAACACAUCACAGCUUCUUAACAUCCAAGACCUGCUUGACCCAAUGUAACAGUACCUGCAACUGCAAAAGAGUUCCAGAAGGUAGCAGUGUUUGUGAAGAGGGCAGCAAUGAUGUCCUGUUUCGCGGGUCCAAGCUGAAAAACUUCAGCAGGCACUUCAUGAAGUUACUUCCAGGACUCAGCCAACCUCGCAAGGAUAAAAACAGCAUGUGAUGCUCUGGGGCAUUCCUGCUGUGGUGCCAGCCUCUUUUCUGCUCAAUACUCCUGUGACAUUUGUUUCAACAAAAUAUUUUAUUCUUCUGAUUGUAUGUCUUUCAGGUGUCCAGUUUGUUUAGCACAUUUUGCUUUAUAGAAAACCUUUAGAUGGCUCUUCUGAAAAUCUGUUCUCCUCAGUCACUUUCCCCCAUUGUUCUUUCAUUGCUUUGAGAAAUGGCUUCUGUUCUCUCACAAAAUAAAAGA